AUGGCAGGGGGAGAAACUUUGGGGGAAACUCCGGAUUCUCAGGAAGAUAGCGUAAGGGAUGUCAAUCCCCUCCCUGAUUCCGCGUCAACCAAUCAUGGCGGCCUUGAUGUCUAUCACUCCACACGAUCCCCUUCCUACCCAUGUAUCCCAGAUUUGAACAUGAUUGCGGAUGAUAGGGUGGCUGACUUUCAGGAAUUCCUACCUAUUAUUCCUUAUUGUGAUAGAGGGUCAGAGAACAAUAAUUCCUUGAGAGUUGACUUCCCCUCCCAAGAUGUGCAUGCAAUUAAUUUGGUUAGCACCCCUGUCUACUCUCCAAUUAGGGGCACAAUGGAGCAAUUUGAGGAUGUGGUAGUUAGGUCAUCGCAUGAGCCAGCCAAACCCCAUGUGCCCGAUUAUACCACUGGACGCUUUGGGUCAAACUAG